AAUUGCUCAGCUGCCGGAGAAGUGACUAGAAUAGAGGUUGUAGCUUAGGCACCACUGCUUCCUCCAUUCCCUCCGUGCAGUCGAUGAUGGCCCUGUGGCCCCUGCUCCAUCUCACCUUCCUGGGGUUCAGCAUCACCUGGCCCUUGGUCCAUGGGCAGGGCUUCCGAGGGACAGCAGCCGUCUGGCCAUUCCUCUUCAACGUCACCUUGCCCCAGAAGGCUCAUGAAGGCAUCCAGAUUCCGAACAAUGGGAGUGCACCCCUGCUCGUAGAUGUGCAGGUGUUUGUCUCCAAUGUGUUUAAUGUGGACAUCCUGCGAUACACGAUGUCCUCCAUGCUGCUGCUUAAGCUGUCCUGGCUGGACACGCGCCUGGCCUGGAACACUAGCGCACACCCGCGGCAUGCCGUCACGCUACCCUGGGAGUCUCUCUGGACACCAAGACUCACCAUCCUGGAGGCGCUCUGGGUGGACUGGAGGGACCAGAGCCCACAGGUCCGAGUAGACUGGGAUGGCCACGUGAAGCUCAGUCUGGCCCUCACCACGGAGACCAACUGCAACUUUGAGCUCCUCCACUUCCCCCGGGACCAUAGCAACUGCAGCCUCAGUUUCUAUGCUCUCAGUAACACAGCAAUGGAGUUAGAGUUUCAGACCCAUGCAAUGAACGAGAUUGUGAGUGUCAAGAGGGAAUACGUAGCUUAUGAUGUGAAGACCCAAGUCCCACCCCAGCAGCUGGUGCCCUGCUUCCAGGUGACGAUGAGCCUGAAGAACACGGCACUCAAGUCCUUCAUCGCUCUCUUGGUGCCUGCAGAGGCGCUGCUGCUGGCUGACGUGUGCGGGGGGCUGCUGCCCCUCCAGGCCAUUGAGCGCAUAGGCUACAAGGUGACAUUGCUGCUGAGCUACCUCGUCUUCCACUCCUCCCUGGUGCAGGCCCUGCCCAGCUCCUCCUCCUGCAACCCACUGCUCAUUUACUACUUCACCAUCCUGCUGCUGCUGCUCUUCCUCAGCACCAUGGAGACUGUGCUGCUGGCUGGGCUGCUGGCCUGGGGCAGCCUUGGGGCCAAAAGCGGCCCCAGCCCAGCCCCAAGAGGGGAACAUCAAGAGCAUGGCAACCCAGGGCCUCAUCCUGAAGAGUCCCCCAGAGGAGUAAAGGGGUCACAGAGAAGCUGGCCUGAGACUGCUGACCGCAUCUUCUUCCUCGUGUAUGUAGUUGGGGUGCUAUGCAGCCAAUUCAUCUUCGUUGGAAUCUGGAUGUGGGCAGAGUGCAAGUCUGACCCAGCCCCUGGAGAGGCUGCACCCCAUGGCAGGCAGCCUAGGCCGUAACGGGGCAGGGCCUGCGCUGCACACCUUAGGAUGAAGUUUGCUUUCCCAUGGCUGGGGGAGGGCCAUGGCAGGGUCUCUGGACGAAGCCAGGCUGAGCUCCCCCUCUGUAAGCACACAAGCAGAGUGUGAAAUAAACCCAUCUCCAGUGCAGGUGUGCCUCAAGGGUCAGUCUUCAUUCUCUUCCGAAAUAGGUGGGGCCCUAUUUUUUGCUUCCGACCCUCACUUUGCUCCUGAACUUUUCCCCAUUGUCCCUGUCUCCCAGCCCACAGGCAGGCAGCCUAACUGCUCCUUUGGCAACGACGACUGCUUGGCUCUGGGCCAGGAGGCACUGAGGCUGGGGACCAGAGACAGGCGCCUGAGGAAGGCUGCAGAGGGUGGGACGGAACUCCUCCUCCGAACGCCUCCUGCAGUGUGCUGGACUCUAGGGAAAAUGGCCAGAGAGUCUGCCUCCCCCAGCCACCUAGGGAACUCCUAGGAGGGAAAGGUCCCAGACCUCAGGCCUGUGCGUGAGCGGGAAUG